AUGUGGAUGAUUCUGGCAACAGCAUUUACUUUAGCCUCUACCGUUUCACAUGGUCGAGUUCUGCUGCAUGAUACUGAAAACAAUGAUGCAAUUCAAAAAUUCGAUUGUGUAUAUGAGAUCAACGAAGAUGGAACAGAUAUUCCAUAUUGUAGACGUCCUUAUCGGAUUGAAAAACUUUAUCGAAACAGUAACUACUGUGAAAACCAGGGUGAAAAAAAACUAUUUCGAGAUUUACUUAAUCAAGGUAUUCAACCUAGCGAAGUUCUAAAGUGGAGUUCAAGUAUUGAAACAGCUGAUAUGUAUGCUAGUAUUUUCUACAAUCAGUCACAAGUUGAAUAUGAUCCAGAUAAUGAUGAUCGGUUUCUCUGUAACUGCACAAAACCAGAAACAUUUGGAAAAUACUGUGAGUAUGAAUUAACACAUUAUGCUACAUCAUUUCAUGAAGCUAUGAAAGCUCAAUUUAAGGAUAAGGAAGAAGGUGACUCAUGGAAUACUCAAAGAUAUGGAAAAAUUCUCUGUUAUGAAACUAUCGGUAAUACAAACAUUUAUAUGUGUUUCGAUUGGCGAGAUAUUUGCGAUGGCCAUCAACGAGCCUCCUUUGGUAUAGAUGAACAAAACUGCGAUAUGUUGGAAUUUAAUGAAUGUGAAGAUGAUCACUUUCCAUGUUCCAAUGGUAUGUGUAUUGCAGAAGAAUUCUGGCUCGAUGGUAAGUACCCUUAG